AUGGCAUAUACCGGCCUCACGUCGCAUCAUGUCAAUUACUUGAUUUGGAGAUAUUUACAGGAAUCCGGUCAUGGAGAAGCUGCGGUGAUGCUACAGCGCGCUUGGAACCACAAUCCUCAGAGUUUUCCAUUUGCAUCGUAUAUUAAGCCAUACGCCUUAAUUACUCUAAUCCAGAAAGGCCUUCAAUAUUAUGAACUUGAACAAUCAUUAGACCAAGCAAGCCAAGCUGGGAAUCCACUCUCCUCGACGCCAAGAUCUUUCUUCGGCCCGCCGGUUAGCGACUCGCGCCUUCCGGCAGAAGGCAACGACCAGAGUGAGACCAAAGGUGGACCCGUCGCCGCAAAUCAUGUCCCAUCAUCAUCACCAUCACCCAAGUCUACAGGGGGGACCAUCGAUGGAAUCACAAAUGGACAUUCCAAUGAUGUUGGUACUCCGCCCUUAGCUGGGAAAACUCGCAAGCCUAGCAGUGUCAAGGAGACCGGCUCGACCCUGAAUCCGGAUGAAAAACCCAAGGAUAUCGAUCAGCAAGAGCUAACCCAAGAACUGGCUGCUGUCACCAGGGAAUCUCCGUCGGUUGAGCCUGUGGUAGAUGCGGAUGGAGAUGUUGGUAUGCGGGGACAGCAGGAACGGGAACCGUCGCCGCCAAUUUUCACAUUAACAGUUGGUCACAGCACUGGUGUUCAAAUAUCUCCUUCCAAGGCGGCCGAUUUGGGUCCGGACACCAUCCUUCUUGAUAUCGAUGGGGACAGUCAGAUCACACAGACCCUGUGGCGGCCAGAUGAUCCAACAAUAGUGGCUGCAACCGGCGACACAUUUUGUAGCCUGUGGAAGCCCUCAGGACCACGCUCGUCGACAGCACCUUCUCACGAGCCAUUGAUCGAAAGUAAAAGCCAGGCUGCUGGAACAUGCGUUACUGCUUCAAGUUGGGAUUCCGCUGGCAAGAUGUUGGCUGUAGCUACUUAUAGUGACCCGUUGAAUGGCAACAUUACCAUGUACAGUGCGGACGGCACCGCGGUAGAUCUCCUUCCAGAUCUACCAAGGAUGGUAUCGGGGAUACACUGGGCUCCUCGAACUUUGCAGAUGGCCGUAGUUUUAUCCGACGGACAGCAUUCUGAAUUAACGCUCUGGGACCAAGCAGUUCGACCAGGAGAGUUCCCAUCACCCCACGUAAUCGACGGGCUCGUGCAUGACGUAUCAUGGUGUGGGGACGAGGUCAUCUAUGCCUGCGGAGAUGGAUCUGUCUAUGAAUAUCGCACAGACACAGACAUGCACCUCUCCAAAGUCUACCCAUCACCCUAUCCCCAAGAACCCUGGACCUUCAUCGCCAGCGCCCGAAUAGCCGACGGCGCCCCAGUAGCCAUAACAGCCUCCAGCUCCACUACAACCAUCUGGAUCCCCACUCACGACAUCAGCAUCACAACCGCACACCACGCGGACAUCACCUCCCUUGAACUCCGGCCCCAACAUCAAUCCCAUGUCCUCCUGCCCAAAACACACUCCCUCCUCUUCGCCACUUCGUCCAUGGACGAUACGGUCAAGCUGUGGAAUGUCGAUGUGGAGUCUAGACAGAUACACUGCUUGCAUCGGUUGUAUAUGGGGCCGUCGUCGCCGGCGUUGUGUGCGCGGUUUUCGCCGGAUGGGUAUGCCAUUGCUGCGGCGACGGUGGAUAGGUUGUUGAUUUGGAAUGUGGAGAGAGGCGGCGUGCCGUUGGCGAAGUGGGUCGCGCCAUCUGCUGCUGAAGCGGGGGUUGGGGUGGGGACGAAGAAGGAGACGGAUGUAGAUGAGUCGGAUAUGAUGGAUGUGUUGGAGGAGGAAGGAGCCUUUUAUAGAUCGUUGUCGUGGGAUUGUGAUGGGAAGAAACUUGCGUUAGGGUUUGGGAGACAGAUGGCCAUCAUCAAUCUCCAACGGUGA